UUCAGGCUUUGCCAAACUGUGUGUGUUGUGAAGUUGAACUCCCUUUUCUUUCAACUCCGUCUCCUUUUGUUCAAUAUUCAAACUUAAUCAUACUACUAGAUACCUAUAUACAUAGAGACAGAGGUAGAAUUAUUAUUGUUAAUAGAGUAAUUGGUGUAUCGGGAUGGCGGGAGCGGUGUGUGUUGUGGGCGUUUCUUCGUCUGAUUUGAGGCAUUCGCCUAUCCCUAUCAGCAUCGCGAGAAUCCACGUGGCAGCGGCUCGUUUGGAUCUCACCACUUCGUUUCUUCAUACUUCUUCUUCUUCUUCCUCCUGUUGUUCAAGGACGAUGAAGAAGAAGAAGAAGUUGAGUAUCGUGGGAAAGGGAGGAUUUGGUGGACAGUAUGAAGACAGUUACGAGGAUGUUAAAUCUCAAAUUGUAGACUACUUCACUUAUAAAGCUGUGAGGACGGUUCUCAACCAGCUUUACGAGAUGAACCCUCCACAGUACCGUUGGUUUUAUAAUUAUAUUGCAUCAAAUGAGCAUGGCUUCGGCAAGACCUUCAUUCGUAAACUAGUCAAGGACCAGCUGGAGCUUGCUCAAAGAGUAAUGGUAACUCGGCUUCACCUCUAUGGAAGAUGGAUUAAGAAAUGUGAUCACGUGGAGAUGUACGAGAGGAUCUCAGACCAGAAUCUGGAGUUGAUGCGGGAACGUCUCAUUCAGACUGUCAUCUGGCCCUCCGACGACACCAACACCGAGGUUGUCGGAUGAAUCUUAUUCUAGUAAUUACACUACUUGUGUAUAUAUACCCUCUCUUUCAUGCCUCCUUACGGAUUACUUAUUGCACUUGUAUUGCCCACUCUGUUUAACAGACCAUUUAUUUUAUUAACUUGAAUAUUCUUCA